AGAAGCCACUCUAUUCUAUUACUAAGGUCAGAUGCUCACGUACCAACCCCAAGUCAGAACACACGCUAAUUUGCCUAUUUAACUGAAACCAUUCUUCUCGUCGAUCAAAUCAUCCAAGUCCGUACGCAUAGUUCUCGAUCCACAUUCAGUUUGGCACUAUGGCAAUGGAUCGAGCCAUGCGACAAUGGCACCAUCUGCUGCUGGUGCUCUGCUUCGUCGGAUCGAGCUCGCUGCUGCUGGUGAGCUCGCAGACGACGUCGGACUCGUGCACCGCCGCGCUCAGCCUCGGCAACCUCAUCUCCUUCAACACCACCGGCCUCAACUGCUUCCAAGCAUGGAGCUCGCAGGGCUUCAUCCUCCGGUUCGGGAAGGACGCGUCGUCGGCGGGAAGCAACAGCGUGUGGAACUUCGUGCUGUCGGCGCCGGACAGCGGCGGGUACAUCGCCGUCGGGUUCUCGCCGAACGGGAAGAUGGUGGGGGGCAGCGCGGUGGCCGGGUGGGCCACGCCGGGCGCCGCCGGCACGGCGAGGCAGUACUACCUCGGCGGGACGACGUCGUCGUUGUGUCCGCCGGACCAGGGGAAGCUGUCGCUGUCGCGCGGCGCGGCGGCGCCCACCAUCGUGUCCAAGGGCUCCAGGCUCUACCUCGCGUUCCAGCUCUCCGGCCAACCGCUCACCAACGUCAUCUACGCCGUCGGCCCCGCCGGAACCCUGCCGGGGCCCAGCGGCCUCCUCGCGCAGCACAAGGACAUGGCAGCCGGCACCAUCUCCCUCUCGGGCGGCACCAGCGGCGGCGGCGGCAGCGGGACGCCCGCUACCGGCGGCGGCGGUGACGGCGACGAGGGCCAUGAGGACCACGAGGGCGGCGGAGAAGGGAAGGGCAAGAGUGAUCAGUCGGGCGGAGUCGGCGGCGAGAGCGGCAGCGACGGGAACGGCGGAAGGAGCACGACGACGACGGCGUCGGCGUCAAGCUCUGGCAGCGCAAGCGGGAGAGUUUUCUGUGCCCAGUGGACGAAAUGCAGCCUGGUCGUUCAGAUGUUGGUGUAUUUUGUGCUUCUCUCAGGCACGGUUUUCCUUUAAAUGUGUUUUUGAUGGUUCUCUCCGUUGGAUUUAUUUUUUGAUGAUUCCGUUGUAUAAUAGGUUAGGAUGAUUAUCUCCGUUCAUUACUUCAUGCUUCCCUCGUGUAUUUAGGAUCUGUUUGGUAUGGACUUAUCUUUUGUACUCUUGUAGAACAUGGAGUUUGUUGACUGAAAUAAAGUGUUUUUACCAUUUUCUUGGGAAAAUAUUGCUAGCAUUUGGGUUUA